GGCCCCCGGCUGCCUGGGUGUUUAGUAGUCCCGCCGCCUCCUCCUCCUCCUCCCCCUCCUCUCCUCUGUGGGCAGAGGAGGUUGUGGCGGCGGCUGGAGAAAUCGGCAGCGGAGGAUGGAGGAAGGAGGCGGCGGCGCGCGUAGUCUGGUCCCAGGCGGGCCGGUGUUACUGGUCCUCUGCGGCCUCUUAGAGGCGUCCGGCGGCGGCCGCGCGCUCCCCCAGCUCAGCGAUGACAUCCCUUUCCGAGUCAACUGGCCCGGCACCGAGUUCUCUCUGCCUACAACCGGAGUUUUGUAUAAGGAGGAUAAUUAUGUCAUCAUGACAACUACACAUAAAGAAAAAUACAAAUGCAUUCUGCCCCUUGUGACAAGUGGAGAUGAGGAAGAAGAAAAGGAUUAUAAAGGCCCUAAUCCAAGAGAGCUAUUGGAGCCACUAUUUAAACAAAGCAGUUGUUCCUACAGAAUUGAGUCUUACUGGACUUAUGAAGUAUGUCACGGAAAACACAUUCGACAAUACCAUGAAGAAAAAGAAAGUGGUCAGAAAGUAAAUAUUCAUGAGUACUACCUUGGGAAUAUGCUGGCUAAGAACCUUCUCUCUGAAAAAGAUCAAGAAGCAGAUGAAAAGGAAAAAUCAAAAGAGAUUCCCACUAAAAAUAUUGAAGGUCAGAUGACACCCUACUAUCCCGUGGGAAUGGGAAAUGGUACACCUUGUAGUCUGAAACAGAACCGGCCCAGAUCGAGUACUGUGAUGUACAUAUGUCAUCCUGAAUCUAAGCAUGAAAUUCUUUCAGUAGCUGAAGUUACAACUUGUGAAUAUGAAGUUGUCAUUUUGACACCACUCCUGUGCAAUCAUCCUAAAUAUAGAUUCAGAGCAUCUCCUGUGAAUGACAUAUUUUGCCAAUCACUGCCAGGAUCACCAUUUAAACCCCUCACCCUGAGACAACUGGAACAGCAGGAAGAAAUACUAAGAGUGCCUUUCAGGAGAAAUAAAGAGGAAGAGUUGCAGUCAACUAAAGAAGAGAGAUUUCCAGCAAUCCACAAACCCAUUGCUGUUGGUUCUCAGCCUAUGCUCACUGUUGGAACAACCCAUAUAUCCAAAUUGACAGAUGACCAGCUCAUAAAAGAGUUCCUUAGUGGUUCUUACUGCUUUCAUGGGGGUGUUGGUUGGUGGAAAUAUGAAUUCUGCUAUGGCAAACACGUACAUCAAUAUCAUGAGGACAAGGACAGUGGGAAGACCUCUGUGGUUGUGGGGACAUGGAAUCAAGAAGAUCAUAUUGAAUGGGCUAAGAAGAAUACUGCCAGAGCCUAUCACCUUCAAGACGAUGGUACCCAGACAGUCAGGAUGGUAUCACAUUUUUAUGGGAAUGGAGAUAUUUGUGAUAUAACUGACAAACCAAGACAGGUGACUGUAAAACUAAAGUGUAAAGAAUCAGAUUCUCCUCAUGCUGUUACUGUAUAUAUGCUAGAGCCUCACUCCUGUCAGUAUAUCCUUGGGGUUGAAUCUCCAGUGAUCUGUAAAAUCUUAGAUACAGCAGAUGAAAAUGGACUUCUUUCUCUUCCCAACUAAAGGAUAAUAAAGUCUGGAGAAAGAAAAGAUCAUUGACAGUCAUAAUGAUUUCUGUCUGACCAUGUGUCUCAUAGAGCUCUCAGCCAUUGGACCUCGUCUAAAGGAUCGUAUAAAAGGACUCUCAACCACUUUGUGAAUAUAUAUGUGUAUAUAAGAGGUUAUGGAUAAACUUCUUAAGGCAGAUAGUUGUCUCAUUUCUUUCAUUUUGUGUCGUGUCUUAUGAACCGAUUGUGUUUUUUGCUUGGAUAAUGUGAUUCCAAGAUAAAUCUCAUCCAAGCAGUUUAGAACCCAGCCUAAUGAAAUGUCUUAAUUGUUGUACCUAUUGAUCUAGAUUUAUUAUGUAAAUUAUAGUAUAUAUAACUAGUUAAUGAACUAAAGAUAAUGAAGAAAGAAAUUGAAAGGAGGUUGUUUAAAUGGGAGACUAUGUAAAAUAUGUAAAUUCCAGUGCCUGAAAUCCUUUCCACAAAUUUUUAUUUAGCAGUUGCUCUCUACCAGGUGUUAAGCUAGAAACUGGGCACAUAGUAAGCCUCACAACAUUAAGUUUUCUUCACCUCUGUUAAUCUCAAGAAACUCUUAUUUGCAGUAGAUUCCUUCUCUUGGAACUUGUAUCUGCUUCUUUCUCCCCAAGGUAUGUACCUGGUGUAGGCAGUCAGAGAUCCUUCUCUUUUGACUUAGAAUGAUUUACUCCAACAAAACACACUGUGCUGGCCAUCCUUUGUAUCUGCCUACUGUAUACUACAGAUUUGAGUUCUGGAUAGUUUUACAGCACAAUAUUUAUUUUAAAGUAAAUAAAAUGUUCCCAAGCAGUGUUGUCAUGUA